AUGAUUACUUCUGCUCCUCCUGUCAGCAGCGCCGCCGCUGGUGGAAGCGGCAGCGUGACUACUACUCUUCCCGCUUCGUCCGGUACCUCUGCUCUCAACGCUGUCAAGACCAUUGCCGCCGGCGAGACCUUCGAUGGUGGCAUGGUCGCGUACGACCGCGGUGUUUCCUGCACUGGUCAGGAAGAGGGCGAUGACAGUGACGCCGUGUUCGAGAUCGAAGAUGGUGGUACGCUCUCCAACGUCAUAAUUGGUCCUAACCAGAUCGAGGGUGUCCACUGCUACGGUGCCUGUACUCUGACAAACGUGUGGUGGAGCUCCGUCUGUGAGGACGCUUUCACCAUCAAGGAGCAGGAAGACGGAAAGACCACUACCAUCACCGGUGGUGGUGCUUUUGACGCUGAUGACAAGGUCCUGCAGCACGACGGUGGUGGUACCCUUGAGGUCUCUGGCUUCUACGUUGAGAACUUUGGCAAGGUGUACCGUAGCUGCGGUAACUGCGAUGACAUGCCUACUCGUCACGUUGUCAUGGACAAUGUUUACGCCGUUGAGGGUUCUGAGAUUGUCGGUAUCAAUGCCAACUACGAUGACACUGCUACUCUCCGUGGCAUCACCGUAUCCGGUGUCGACGACAUUUGCGUCACCUAUGAGGGUAACUCGAACGGUGACGAGCCUACAGAGUCUGGCUCUGGUCCUGACGGUACCAACUGCAAGUACUCGAACAGCGACAUCACCCAGCAGUCCUAA